AUGGAAAGCCAACAAAAUCCCUCAUUUCAUGACCCAGCUGCUGGAGCCGUAGAAAAAGCGACGAAUUCCCCGACUCCAACGCAGGAGGUAACCCCGGUCCCGUCUUCGGACAAUGCGUUCCCACCCAUCCGCGAAGCAUGGAAUCGCCCCGGACCCAAUGCCUUCAGAGUGGCCAGCUGUUUCUGGAGCCUCUUGAAUCUGGGUGCCUUUGAUUCUGCCUAUGGAGCAAUCCUUCCCCACCUCCAGAAAGCUUACAACGUCAACUACAUCACCGUGUCCCUGAUGUUCCUUUCCCCUCUGGUAGGAUAUGUCGCCUCGGGAGUUCUCAACACCAGAAUCCACAACGCUAUCGGCCAGCGUGGCUUGGCCGUCCUCUGCGGCGGGGCCCACGUCCUAUCUGCCGUGAUCAGUAUACUGCACCCGCCGUUUCCUGUGCUUGUGGCCUCAUUCAUGCUUGGCGGCCUAGGCAACGGGCUCGCCGAUGCCGCGUGGAAUGCCUGGGUUGGGAAUCUGGAACGUCCGAAUGAGCUGCUCGGUUUCUUGCAUGCUGCUUACGGCGUCGGAGGUAUCUUCAGCCCCCUGAUUGCCACGGCCAUGAUCGCUCGAGCAUCCAUGCCGUGGUACACUUUCUAUUACGCUGUAUUGGGAAUAUCGCUCAUCGAACUUAUUGCUUUGACUUCGGCGUUCUGGAACCAUACUGGGCGCCGCUACCGAGACGAAAUGGCUUCCUUGGAAGGAUCGGACGGCAACAUUGUGAGCAUGCGCAAGACCCUGACUACCCUCCCCGAAGCUCGUAUUGCCUGGCUAUCGGCGUUAUUCGUGCUUAUCUACAUCGGCGUCGAGGUGUCCGUGGGUGGUUGGAUCGUAGAGUUCAUGCUGCACGUCCGUAAAGGCUCCGCUUUUGCCAGCGGCAUGUGUGCCACCGGCUACUGGCUCGGCAUGACCGUUGGUCGGAUCGUGUUGCCCUUCGUGACGAACCUCAUCGGUCCCAAGAUCGGCGUAUCUGUUUAUCUCGCUCUCGCCAUAGCUGCGGAGCUGAUUUUUUGGCUGGUACCCAACUUCUACGCUUCCGCCAUCGCAGUCGCUUUCCAGGGCAUGUUCAUCGGGCCCAUGUUCCCACACGCGAUCUCAGUCGUCACCAGUCUACUGCCCGCUUCUCUACAUGUCAUGGUCAUUGGAUUCAUUGCGGCCUUGGGUGGUUGCGGGGCGUCACUAUUACCAUUUGCGGUGGGCAUACUAGCACAGCGGUUCGGCGUGGUAGCUUUGCAGCCAUUCGUUCUCGCAUGCCUGUGUCUCUCACUGAUUGUCUGGCUUCUCAUACCCCACAAAAAGGACAAGAAUGUACAGUAG